CAAUAUCUCAGUUGAGCUAAUUACCCACUAAAUCUCAUCAUGAAGUACUUGAUUGUCUUAGCUGCUGUAGCUUCUGCUGUUUCCGCUGCUCCAAGUAGUCUUCUUCAUGGUCUAGGAUUAGCAGGUCCACACCUUGGAGCAGGAGCUGCUCUAGCGGGACCAGUUGUGGGCCAUGCUGGUCUUUCAGGACCAGUAGUUGGACCAGCUCAUGUGUCUGGGGCUGUAGCUGGCUCUGCUGUAGUUUCUGGAUCAGUUGCUGGACCUUCUGCUGUUAUUGGAUCCACUGCCGGAGCCACUCUUGUCUCUGAGCCAUCUCUUGGUCUUUCCGCAUGGGAUCUUGGAUGGCAUAAUGGACCCGGAGCAGUGGUUGCUUCCGGUCUAGUCGGACCUGCUGCUCUCCACGGAGGACAUGGCUCGGUUGUUGUUGCCGGUCCUGAUGGAGCAUCUAUUUCCACGCAUGGUCUCGGACAUGGUGCUGUAAUUGCUGGAGCACACGGACAUCUGGCACACUGUUCUCUUCUAUUAGCCGAUACAAACACUUUAAGAGCUCAUCAAACUUAUAUUUCAAUCAUGAAAUUUGCAAUUGUCCUUGCUGCUGCCCUCAUCGUGGCAAUCUCUGCUAGUCCAGAACGUCAACGUCGCUCACUUGGAUGGGGAUGGGGACAUAAUGGAGUCGUAUUAGGUGGUCUGGGCUGGGCUCCAGCUCUUGGAGUCCACGGUUCUGCUUUAGUAGGACCUGUUUCUCCAUCCGUUGCUGUGGUUGGACCUGCUGCAGGUUCUGCUGCCGUUGUUGGACCCGUUGGUGGUUCUGCUGCUGUGGUGGGACCUCAUGCAGGAAGUGCUGCUGUUGUUGGACCCUCUGGUGGACACACUGCUGUUGUUGGACCAUCUGCCGGACAUGCUGCUAUUGUUGGUGGCCACCCCGGAGCUGCUGUAGUAGCUGGACCUGCUGGUUUGAUUUCUGCUGGAGGUUUAUGGCAUUAAAAGUAAAUUACAAGCCAUUAAAGCAGUUUUAAUAUCAUAAUUGGAACUAGAAAAUUGUAAUUUGUUCAAGGAAUCUAAACAUCAAGAUACUGUCGUACAUCAUUGUUUUAAGAAACUUACUUCCGUAAACAAUAAAUUUUAUCACAGCUGCAUGAA